AUGGACAACAUCAUUAUUGAACUUAAUCGCGACAAAGUGAAGAAUGACGUCACAAUAGUACAACAAAUUGUUUCAUCUAUUUCAUUUCGUAUAAAAAACGAUCAAGCAUUCUACCAAGCGAAACUUAUUGAUCAUCAACUAUUUUUAUUUAUUCGUGAUUAUUAUCUUGAUAUUCUGCGUCAAUGGCGAAUUGGUCAAGUACUUGAUCCAAUUUCUAGUCAAAUUUUCACUCAAAUAGCUAUUCUAUUUGCUGAAUUGUGCUUUAAUGCUGCCGAUGAUGAUGUUGAUCAAUUGAAACAACUGUUAAUUCAUGAAUCUUUUAUUAAUGAAAUUCGUACAUGUCUCAAGGACAUCGCUACAAAUGGUAAACAUUUGCAGGAUCAACAAGUAGAAGCAAUUGAUUAUAUUCUUCGAUCUAUUCAUUAUCUUCAGAAAGGUCGAAAAGAUAUUCAGAGUAUACCGCUGUUAUCUAAACUACUCGAUAGUGUUGUUGAUUGUGUAUGCUCAAAUUAUUUCCUUGAUAUGUUUAAACAGAUAGCUGAACUCGAAAAAUUCAAUGAAGCACAAACAUUUUUACUCGAUACUUGUACUAAUUACAUUUCUUGGCAUAAUGGUGAUCAUUAUAAUGACACUUGUAUAGCCGUCCGAACUGCUCUAUUAAAUAGUUUUAAUAGUUGGUUUCAAAAUCAGCUUUUAUCUUUUCACCAAUUAAGUAGAAUAACAAUUAAAGUCAUUGGUCAACUUUGUAUUACAUUAAUUGGUGGAAAUGCUAACGAUGAAGAAGUUUUUUCUCAAUCAAUUCGUGAAGGUUAUUGCACAAUGAUCGAUCAAAUAUCUUCCAUAUUGAAUACAAUAAUGAAAUCUGAAACAAUUGAUGAAAUAACAAAAGAUUUAAUAAGAGUUUUAGCUCAAAAUUUGUAUUCUUUGACGAUGACAAAUGAUUUACGAACGUAUAUAAAAAAUAAAAACAUUGUUCAAUUGUUGUUAAAACUAGCUAAUAUUGAAGACGAAACAAUACAAUUUCAUAUUUAUCGUAUAUUGGCUUCAAUUAUGACUGAAGAAGAUAUGAAAACAUUACAAAAUUCGACUAAAAUCGCUAAUGUCUUUCUUAGAUUUCUCAUUAAUCUGAUCGAUGAUUCUAGCAGAAUACCACGAUUUCAUAAUUUACUUCGUAGUCUCAAGAUCUUGGUUCAACACGAUCAAAUAAAAGAAGAAUUAACAAAACAAGGAAUCUUAUCUCUUCUUCUUCGUUGUGUAACUGAGUCAAAAUUUGAUCCUAUUAAAGUUCGACUAUCAGCAUUAAAUAUUCUUCUUGCUCUAACAUUCAAUGAUAAUGCUGCAUGUCAACUCAAAGACAAUCCUCAAUUCAUCUCAAAUUUGAAAAUGUUCCUUAAUUCACACAGUGAACCACAGUUUCAGAGAGUAGCUGAAAAUCUUCUGUGGAAAUUAGAAAAAGAAGAAGCAGCCAUUACAAAAUCAAAUGAAACAUCAACAAUAUCUGAUAUUACUAUGAAGAAAUACGAUAUUAUGUUGAGCUAUUCGCAUACUGACAAGGAUUUAUGUUAUCGUAUUCAUGAUCGUCUCAUCAAAGAUAACUUUCUAGUAUGGAUUGAUGGGUAUGAAAUGCACGGACAAACGAUGGUUGCCAUAGCUACUGCUAUUGAAAAUUCAGAGUUCGUAUUUUUAUGUAUGUCAGAUGCAUAUAAACAGAGUGCCUAUUGUCAAUCCGAAGCUCAUUAUGCUUUUGAACGUCGAUGUUAUUUGAUUCCAUUGAUAAUGAAACUAGGUUAUCGACCAGAUGGAUGGCUGGGAAUUAUCGCAAGUGGAAAGAUCUAUAUCGAUUUUCCUAAACUUGGAUUUGAUAUUGCUUAUGAAAAUUUGAAAAAUGAAAUGACUCGAUAUCGACAAAGUCACAUCCAAUCGACUUCAAUAAAGAAACCAAUCGGACACAGUUUAGAUAUGAAAAUAUUAAA